AGAAAAUAUUUUAACAAAAAAAAAUUAGUGUUCAAUAAAUUCUAGYUAAAACUAGUUGUUAUUUUUGUUGUUGUUGUCGGCUACCAGUGCUCAACAGGGCUAACAACAAACAUAUAGUAUCAGUUUAAACUCCCAGUUCCCAUACUAAAAAAUUUUUUACAAAACUAAUUUGUUUUGUUAGAUAUAUUGCUAGAUAGUGUUUAUAUUAGUAAUAAUAAUAAUAAUAAUGGUUAUCAAAAAUCCAGAAGUCAAAUAUACUCAGCUCUUCAUCAACAAUGAAUGGGUUAACUCGGUUAGCGGYAAAACAUUUGAAACGGUAAACCCGGUGACCGGCGAAGUGAUUACUCGGGUMCAGGAGGGCGACAAAGCCGACAUCGAAAAGGCCAUCAAAGCUGCCCGACAGGCCUUUGCACUGAACUCCAAAUGGCGUACCAUUGAUGCCUCCGAAAGAGGUCGACUAAUCUUCAAGUUAGCCGAUCUACUUGAACGAGACAUCGACUAUUUGGCUUCGUUGGAAACACUUGAUAAUGGAAAGCCGUUUAAGGAUGCCCUAUGGGACAUGAAUGCGGCCAUUGCCUCAUUGCGCUACUAUGCCGGCUGGGCUGAUAAAAUUCACGGUAAAGUUAUACCAGCUGACGGUCCGUUUUUGGCAUUUACCCGAAGUGAACCGAUCGGUGUGUGCGGACAAAUCAUACCGUGGAAUUUUCCGCUAUUUAUGAUGGCCUGGAAAAUCGGUCCCGCAUUGACCACUGGUAACGUGUGUAUUGUCAAACCAGCCGAACAGACACCAUUAUCGGCACUAUAUUUGGCCAGUUUGGUGAAAGAGGCCGGUUUUCCGCCCGGUGUGGUCAAUGUUGUACCUGGUUAUGGACCGACUGCCGGUGCUGCACUCGUUGAACAUCGUAGUGUAGACAAAGUAGCCUUUACCGGAUCGACUGAAGUCGGCCGUAUCAUACAGGCCAGUGCCGGCCGAAGCAAUACUAAACGGGUGACACUGGAAAUGGGCGGCAAAUCGCCGCUUGUUAUCUUCGAGGACGCGGACAUCGAUGCGGCCGUACUGACAGCGCAUGCCGGUGUAUUCAUCAAUCAGGGCCAGUGUUGCUGUGCCUCAUCCCGUAUCUUUGUCCACGACUCCAUCUACGACAAGUUUGUCCAGCGAUCGGUCGAAUUGGCCAAAAAACGAGUGGUCGGCGACCCGACUGACCUGACCACCCAACAGGGACCGCAAGUGGACGAGGAACAGUUCAACAAGAUUCUGGCAUUGAUCGACACUGGACGCAAACAGGGUGCCAACUUGUUGACCGGUGGCCAACGKUGCGGUAGUAAAGGCUAUUUUAUUCAGCCAACUGUUUUCAGUAACGUUACCGACGACAUGACUAUAGCCACUGAGGAAAUCUUCGGACCGGUUCAGUCGUUGUUCAAGUUUUCCACUUUCGACGAAGUUAUUGAACGAUGCAAUAAUACCAACUAUGGUCUGGCGGCCGGUUGUUUUACUCGGGAYAUCGAUCGGGCCAUACGUUUUGCCCAACAGGUUCAGGCGGGUUCGGUUUGGAUCAAUACGUUUCUAGCGCUGGGACCGCAGACACCGUUUGGCGGUUUCAAGGAAUCGGGUUUUGGCCGCGAAAACGGCGAGGACGGCCUACACGAGUAUCUGGAAGUCAAAUGA